AUGAUGAUGUUCUCGCGCCCAAAUGGCACGAACCACUCGCCAGUGGUGCAGCAGCAAGCCUUUCGGAAGCUGACGGAGAUGAUGCACUCGAGCUCGGAGAAUCAGAGCUGUGCAGAUUGCACGUCGCGUCUGAACGACUCUAUCUGGGCCAGUACAACGGUCGGUGCGUUCCUGUGCAUUCAUUGCGCGGGUUCUCACCGCAAGCUUGGCGUUCAGCUAUCGAGAGUCAAGUCGCUUCAUCUCGAUACAUGGACAGACGAGGAAGUUGCAGCGAUGAAGGGUGGCAACAAGAGCGUCAAGGAGAUCUACAGCAAACACCUCGACGAGUGGCUUGGGGUGGACUCAUCACUAAAGUUGCUGCCAAGUGCAGCCACAGAGUUGCGCGAGAAAUACAUCCGCGCGAAGUACGAGGCCAAGCAGUUUACAAAAUUGCCGGUUACGAUCGAAAAGAAAAAAUAUGAUUGCCCAGAAAAUCCGGAGGAUCCAACUCUUUCAACCUCUCCUGGUAGGCCGGCGGAGGCAAAUCAGCAAGGAAGUCCCGGUCGGACGGUGCAAAGUGCAGGGCCCACUGUGAUGAAGGCUGGUAAUGUUGUGGAAGUGAAAAAGCGCUUACUUAACUAUUUUGUCGUCGUGGGUCGCGGCGCUUUAGUUCCAGACCAAAACAUUGAGAAAACGAAGAGCCCGACAGAAAUACGAUUCCUUCCGGCUGUGCUUGAUAUGUUUCCAGACUUGUAUGGAGACGCGCCUCUACCCGCACAUCUAGCCGAUUUCGCGUUCCCAGAGGGUUUUGUGCUGAGCAAGUCCUACGUCGCCCCCGUAUUCUUUUCGUUUGUCCUCACAAACAUGAGUGGAGUCAAGAUUUACGCAUGUGCACUGAAGUUUUAUGAGGAACUACAUCCACUCGAAGUUGUAUCCUUAAUAGCACCGCACUAUCACCGCCAGCGCCACCGUCGACGACCAUCAAAUGUCCCCCACCAACUUGACGAGAAAGAUGACAACCAACGUACUCAGCUUCCGCAGUGGGUCCAAGAUCUAUCAGGAGAUGCGGCAAGCGCACCGGGGCCGGUAUUUUGUCCGAAGGGCAUUGUAGUAACGUCGCUUUACCCGUACUUUUCAGCAUUUCGCCAAUUUCUGCAGCAGAUUUAUCGAGUGACGCUAUCGGAAUCGCCGAUGCCAAUCGAAAGAUAUAUUGCGAACUUUUUGGUGGAAAUCCCGCUGCCACCACCCGGUCAGAUACAAGUCCAGUUAACCUUGCCGGAUCGCAAUCUGGUUAUUUCUCGCCCUCCGAAGAAUGAGCUUCCUCUUGCCGAUUUCCCAUUUCGACCUCUUUUCCAAGUUCUGGACAUCAACAACGUGCUGCUGGUUUUCUCGUGUGUAGCUUUGGAGCUCAAGGUCGUAUUGUGCUCUAAGCAUAUUGGGCUGCUCACGCCUGUAGCGGAGGCGCUCUUGGCCACUUUACUACCCUUUUCAUGGCAAGGGGCCUACAUUCCUGUCCUCCCGACCUCACUUCUUGAUGUCAUUGACGCACCUGUCCCUUUCCUAGUUGGCACCCACGCAGACUGUCUUAAGCAAGUAGUUGGUCGAUCCACCAACGUUGUCUUUGUCGACUUGGAUCACAAUCGUGUCAUCCCUGCUGUGGAUGACUCAGGCAAAAACAUUUUAGUACCAAAGAUUCCUGAUCGAGAAGGAUCUAAACUCCGUGCGAAACUGGCCGAAGUAGCUAGUAUAUUCGACCCGUACGCUGCAGGCAUCAGUCGAGUAGAUCUGGCCUUUCCAAACGAGGAACACCUCGAACCUAUUGGCAACUUCGCCUCCGAUCACGGGCAAACUAUCCCCCUGUCAACGUCUUAUUCGGAGUCGUGCAUGUCGGACUCUCUCAACUCCCAUUAUUCGAUAGGCAAGAUCAAGCGCGGGAGAAGGUCGAGUGCAGCAUUUAGUCUGCCCUCGUCAUCGCUGUCCCCAGCUUCCUCAACAUCAUUUUCACGAACCGGUUCGGGUAGCCUGAAUCGACACACUUUUUCUGCAUCGACAGUGGCUGUAUCUGCAACUGGGAACGAUGCCAGCGGAGGGCUCACUGACAGUCAAUACAACGAAACAGAAAAGUUUUCAACUGAGGGGAUCCGUAAAGCAUUUUUACGAUUCUUUGUCACGCUUUUCAAGAAAUAUGCAAACUAUUUGGUAAGGAUAUCAGCGUUGUUUGACAGCAAGCGGUUCCUGCAAGACAAUUUCGAUGCUGCAUCUCGUCCUUUUGUUGCUCAGCUGAUUGGGACACAAAUGUUCGACCGCUUUAUUGAGGAUCGGGUCUUUAGUCCUCAGCUUCCGGAAGUGCUGUUCUUUGACCAGUCAAUUAAUCAAAAGCUAAACCGUUCCUUGACAAUCGGUAAGAAGAAAUACGACUGCAGCUUCUUGGAGGAUCGCUCGGAUGAAAUUCAAGAAACAUUUAUUGCCCCACCACCUUCAAACAUUGGUCUUCCAGACGAUGGCACAAUCUACAAGUAUAAAUCUUUCCCACGAUUGAAAAAGAACCUGUUUGGUAACGUGAGAAAGCCCCGUGAGCUUUACAGCUCUCGAGAACAACAACGUAAUGUAUCUCGAGUGAGUUUUCACCACGGCAUGUUCAACACAGCAAAGUCAUUUGUGGGCAGUGGUUCGAGUUGGGAAGCCACGCGCCAGCUUAUCAUCAGUCUUCAGACACAAUUCCGAAUGUACAGUGCUCGGAAGAAAUAUCGCAGGAAGAGAAACGCUGUCGUAUCGAUUCAAAGAUGGGUGAUUGCCCGAAUGAAGGGAAAGGAUGAUCGACAGCAGUUCUUAGCACUGCGGAACGGAGCGAUCAUGAUUCAGAAAAUCUAUCGCACGCAUUACGCAGUGCUGAAGUAUCGAAAACAACGUGAGGCCCUGCGCCAGCUUCAAUUCAUGGCGAGGGGCUAUGUCGUCUAUGCGCGCUAUCGACGUGUGUACAGAGGCUUCCAUCGUCUUCAAGCACUAAGGCGUGGAAGCGUCAUUAAACGCAGCUACAAGAAUCUGAAAUUUCAAGUUGUUCGGGCUCAGUGCCGCAUCCGAGGCUUUUUGUCGCGGAAGCAGACUACUAAGUGGAAGACAGGGAUGCUCGAAGAGGCCCGCCGAAAGGUUUACGAUUUAUGGGAUCGAUGUGACACACCACUGCUAUAUCGAUCCAAGUUCUGGCUCACAUUCAACCGGACAAAUUUCUUUACUAUCGGGGUCCGUGGAUCGGGUUUUGCUGCAUUUAAGAACAUAAUGAGCCCGAAAGCGCGGGGUCCACACAAAACUAUUAAAGAAGUUACUGCGAAGAGAAUGAAAACAGAGCGGAGCAAGAUAUACAUCGGAUUGAAGCACCAUACACAACGUCACGUUUUGGAGGAGCACUACAAGAAUUUUAAAAUUGACCCGGACUCGAAGAGGAAGAAGAGGAGGCUAGCGGCACUUGUAUGGACCAGCUACGCCACUACAGACAUUAGUGCUGAGGUUGUCAUAUCCACCUCAAUGAGUUCUGACCAGUCUAACCCACUGCCAACACAAAUUGAUCAUCAAAAACAGCUUCGCCUUCGUGACGACCUCGCGUUUACAGUCAACGCAGCGCUUAAGUCGAUCCGGGUUUCUACAGCCAGCUCCUCCAAUUUAUCGUCUCAGAUACAUUUACCCAACGAUCGCGUACUCAUCGAGCUACAGCACCAAGUGCGCAUACUCGCGCUGCAGAACCACCGGCUUACAGACGACCUCGCUAAGUCGAAACGCCAGACGAGUGAGUUGCGUGUGGACCUGCAAAACGUGAAAGUGCAGCAACUACCGCAGUUGCAGCGCACUCGCUCCAGCAGCAUUUAG